AUGACGUUCAAUCAAGAGGCUGAGAGUAUCUUUACUUACUCCAUAAGGGAUGAUCGCAAUAGGAAAAUUGCAUCAUUUCGAAAUGCUUUGUAUGGAAAAUAUGCGGGCGUGGAAAACAUGCGCUAUACGCAUAAAAUUUCAAACCAGCAUUCCAGGAGGUGCAAUCAAAAUACUAGAUUGAUGGAACGCCCAACUCCUGUUGCAAAAUAUCUAAAGAUAAAUGAAAAAGAAAAAAAAUGUUUUUUAUGGGUGUCCACUAUUCUUAGCAAAAACUAA